AUGGCGACAACACCUCUCAUGCAAGAGUUCCCGGAACUGUCCCGCUUAUCCCGAGAUGACCUGGAGGAUCUUUUGAACGAUCAUGGAUACUUUCAAAGCAUCUUCCACUCUCUUUCUCCCGUGAAACAGCUUUACGAGUCACAGGCCGAGCUUUCUACGGCGAACGAGGCCAUUGCUCGAUCAAACCUGUCACUGCAAGGUAGACUCUACCAGUUGAGAUCCGAGACCAAAGACGCUUUCGACGAAGCGAAGGCACUCGAGGCACGAUGGAAAGUCCUUGAGCGCGAACACAAAGAACUCUAUCAGCGAUUCACACCUCAAUUUCUCCUGAUGCGUCUCCGUCAUGCAACAACCGAUCUGGACAACGCGUCGGAAACGCUGGCGUCGUCUUUCGUUCAAUCAUCGGCGAGAUUGAACGACGCAUCGGAUGUGGACGAAUUUAUUAGACAGUUCCGGGAAAUGAGGAAGGCAUAUCACAAGCGGGUGAUGUGGGGAGAUCGAUGGGCCGCUGGCCAAGUAAUAUGGCACGACGAUUAG